GCCUCUUCUUCUCUUACCAACAACCUCCUUGCAUUUACGAAGAUGGGAAAGUAUCCCGAACACCAGCCUGGCGUGCACGUUGUCACGAAGGAAUGGGCGCCCCAACCGGAGGAGACAGCCAAAUGGCGGCUGAACCAUGUCAUGCUUCGCAUAAGGGACCCCGGCCUGUCGCUCCCUUUCUAUCAAGAUGGCCUAGGCAUGCGUAUGGUCUUCACCUUCAACUCCGGACCUAUGACAGUCUACUAUCUCGGAUACCCACAGCACGGCUGGUCUCCUGAGGAGACGUUUGCCAAGAUGCAGCAGCGGGAUGGGUUAGUAGAGCUUGUACACGUACACGAUACCGAAGAGGAGUCUGGGUUCAAGUACACGAAUGGGAACGAGGGACCGCAAUACGGAUUUGGACAUAUCGGUCUGACAGUCCCGGACGUCCCCGUCGCACUGGCCAGGCUGGAGAAGUUCGGCGCCAAGGUGUUCAAACCCCUGGGCGUGGCUACGAACGAGACGAUCCCGAUCCCGGAGGGAAAAGUGGAGAUCGUCGAGGGAUACAAGGAGGUCUAUCGGCAGAUCGCGAUGAUCCAGGAUCCUGAUGGAUAUUUCAUUGAGCUCGUCCCCCAGUUUAUGGAUAAGCAGCAUGAUUAGAUACGGGAAGUAAGAGGGACUAGUAAAGCAAUAUAUACAUUGUGUUAUAUUCGAGACCUAUAAACC